AUGGACACAAUGUCAGCUACUAAAAAUACGACGAUUAACAAAUCAGAUUCACUGAGUGAAAGUUCGUUUAUUCUAAAAGUUAAAAAUCUCAAGACAGGGGAUGUUGCGUCCAAUUUCAAGUGUGGUAUACAUAAAUCGGAAUCUUCUGCAAGUGUCCGGGUUCUUGUCACCGAUGCUGAUGGAGUAUCGAAUAUUUCUGAACCGACAGAUGCACAGCAAAAAAUAAUCAUAUCGAACAGUUCAGAAAAAGUCACGAAGAUCAACAACACACAGACUCUGAUGCAUUUGUUGAAAGGCAACAUCGGAAUAGGAAUACUAGCUUUACCACAGGCAGUGAAGCAUGCUGGCAUUUGGACAGGUCUCGUUGGCAUCCUUUGCAUCGGCGCAAUCUCCAUCCACUGCAUGCAUAUCUUGGUCUACUGCAGUCACAAGUUGUGUAAAAGAACCUCCACCGUGUCCCUGGACUAUGCCGAAGUAUUAGCCACAGCGCUGAAGACUGGACCGUCGCGAUUAAGGAACUUUUCAGGCGCCAUGAGAGUGUUUGUGAACUCGCUCCUUGUGUUUACACAGUUUGGGUUUUGUUGUGUCUAUAUUGUCUUCAUUGCCAGAAAUAUCCACGAGGUCAGCAGUCAUUUUUUGACGGAUGGGCCAACGGUUGUGGAGUACCAGACUCUAGUGACCGCGGCCUUGUUGCCCUAUGUUUGUGUCCGCAAUCUGAAGAUGUUGGCGCCUUUUUCUGCGUUCGCAAACAUACUCACUCUGACAGGCCUGCUAAUCAUCAUACAGUACAUUGUACAAGGCCUGCCUGAUAUGUCUGAAAGGCCGAAUUUCACCUCAAUCGACGAAAUCCCGCUCUAUUUCGGAGCCGUCAUCUUUGCUGUUGAGGGCAUCAGUCUGGUUUUACCUCUAGAGAAUAAUAUGCGACACCCUGAAGACUUUGGGGGUUGGACAGGGGUUCUCAACGUGGGGAUGAUCUGUACCGUCUGUUUGUACAGCGCAGUUGGCUUCUAUGGCUACCUGAAGUUUGGGGAUGCAGUCGAUCCCAGUGUCACCCUGAGCUUGCCUGACGAUGAGUGGCUGUACUUAUCAGUGAGACUCAUGUACGCCGCCGCCAUCUUCAUUUCCUACAACAUCCAGUUCUACAUUCCAAUAAUCAUCGUUUGGCCGAGGAUACAACAUUGCAUGAGGACGCCAUUUUUGAAAACUUACGGAGAAUAUUUCUUUCGUAUCAUCAUGGUGUUGGUGACAUUUGGCCUCGGUGUAGCCAUCCCUCAUCUGGACCUCCUCAUCUCAUUCAUCGGAGCCUUCGCUGGAUCCUCGCUGACCCUGCUGCUGCCCGCCAUCCUGGAGCUCUUGACCCUGGCUGGAGACGAAGAAGGUCUUCCAAAGUACAUCCUCGUCAAAAAUGUUCUGAUAUUUCUCUUCGGGCUCUUUGGCUGCGCCAUUGGAUCUUAUACUUCCAUUAGGGAUAUUGUCACGGCAUUCUCUUCAUCUUCCUCAUGA